AUGAAACACUUAAAUUUUAUAGGCUUUAUUUCUUUCUUGUUUUCUUUGGCUGAAUCCUUAGCCCUACCUACAAAGCUGCAGGAUGUUGAUCACUUCAAUGCUACCCAGAAAUUCAUAAAUGAGAAUACUGCAUACCUGACCAUCAUUGCAAUUGCUCAACAUGUUCAGGAAGCGUCACUGGAUGAGGCGGAGACGCUGGCGGAAGUCAUGGUGGGUUACAGGGACAGGUGCUCGGCAGAUGAGACACUUCCAGAGUGUUCAAAAGUGGCUAAUGAGGCCAUCCAGGACAUGAUCUGUGCGAUGGAGGGGCUGCCCCAGAAGCAUAACUUUUCUCACUGCUGCGGUAAAACUGACUCUGCGAGGAGACUCUGUUUCUUCUACAACAAGAAAGCUAACGUAGGCUUUCUGCCCCCUUUCCCUACUCUGGAUCCAGAAGAGAAAUGCCAAGCUUAUAAAAAUAACAGUGAAUCAUUUUUAAACCUCUAUAUGUAUGAGGUUGCCAGGAGGCACCCCUUUACCUUCUCCCCUGUUCUCCUAACUGUGGCUGCUCGGUUUGAGGAGGUGGCGACCACAUGUUGUGAGCAGCAAGAGAAAGCCAGCUGCUUUCAGGACAAGGCAGCUCCUAUCACACAAUAUUUAAAAGCAUCAUCUUCUUAUCAAGGAAAUGUUUGUGGAGCCCUUACAAAAUUUGGACCCAAAGUCUUAAACUCUAUAAACAUUGCUGUAUUCAGUAAAAAAUUCCCCAGGAUUGGAUUUAGGGACCUCACUUCCCUCUUAGAAGAUGUUUCUACCAUGUAUGAGGAAUGCUGUGAAGGGGAUGUUGUGCAGUGUAUCCGAAGUCAGAGCCAGGUUAUAAACCAUAUUUGCUCAAAACAAGACUUCAUCUCAAGCAAAAUCAAAGAGUGCUGUGAAAAGGAAACCCCAGAGCGUGAAGACUGUAUAAUUAACACAAAUAAAGAAGACAAACCGGAAGACUUAUCUCCCAGCGAACCCAAGUUUACUGACAGCGGAAACAUGUGUCAGGAACGAGAUUCUAACCAGGACGACUUCUUUGCCGAGUUUACUCAUGAAUACUCCAGGAGACAUAAUGAACUUUCUACACCAGAGCUUCUGAGAAUUUCUAAAGUGUAUAAGGACCUCCUGGAAGAUUGUUGCAGUAGAGAAAGCCCCCCAGGUUGUUAUCGCCAUGCGGAGGAUAAAUUCAAUGAGACAACUGAGAAAAGCUUUGCAAUGGUUCAACAAGAAUGUAAACACUUCCAGGAGUUGGAGAAGGAUGACCUGCAACUCCAUUACCUUGUCAAGUUCACCAAGGCAGCCCCCCAGCUCUCCACUGAAGAACUGAUCUCCCUUAGCAAGGAAAUGGUGGCAGUUUUGGCAUCCUGCUGCACCCUAAGUGAAGAAUUUGCUUGCGUUGAUGACUUGGCAGAUUUAGUUCUUGGAGAAUUGUGUGGAGUAAAUGAAAAUCGAACUAUCAAUCCUGCUGUGGACCACUGCUGCAAGACAGACUUUGCCUUCAGGAGGCACUGCUUUGAGCAUCUGGAUGCUGACACAAGCUAUGCCCUCCCAUCAGUCUCUGCACUUAUAUCUGCUUUGCGUGCAGACUGGUGUCUGGCUCACGACGAGGACCUUCAGAAUAAGAAACACAGGUUUAUGGUCAGCUUGGUGAAGUGGAUGCCGGAGAUCAUGGAGGAGGAGCGUCUGUGUUUGUUCACAAAGUUCACUGCGGCUGAGGAGAAGUGCAGCGAAGUACAGGAGCCAGAAGCCUGUUUCCGUCCAGAGGGUUCAAAAAGUGGCAAUGAAAGUCAAGCUGCUAAUAAAAAAAGAUAA